AUGAGAGAGCUGAGACCGCAGCCACAGUCCGACCAGGGCUCUGAGCCUCACCUCCCGUACUUGCUGCUCCUUAUCCUCUUCCCGGGCCUGGAUGUGCUCCACCGCCCUCGCUGCCGCCUCCCUGCCGCCCAGUCGCCUGCCGAGGAGGACAUGGCUGCUCACGUGGGAGCAUCCCGAACGCCUCAGGAGGUGAUGGAACACUAUGUGAGCAUGUAUAUCCAUGGCAACCUGGGAAAAGCCUGCAUCCCUGACACUAUUCCCAACAGAGUAACGGAUCACACGUGUCCCAGCGGCGGCCCGCUUUCUCCUAGCUUGACCACGCCACUCCCACCGUUGGAUAUAUCGGUGGCUGAGCAGCAGCAGCUGGGAUACAUGCCGCUUCGGGAUGACUACGAGAUCGAAUACGAUCAAGAUGCGGAGACGCUGAUCAGUGGCCUUUCGGUGAACUAUGACGAUGAUGAUGUGGAAAUAGAGUUAAAAAGAGCUCACGUAGACAUGUAUGUAAGGAAACUGAAGGAGAGGCAACGGCGGAAGAAUAUCGCACGAGACUAUAACUUGGUACCAGCCUUCCUGGGGAAGGAUAAAAAGGACAAGGAGAAAACUCCUAAACGGAAGAUCACAAAAGAAGAGAAGGAGUUGAGGCUGAAACUGAGGCCUCUGUACCAGUUCAUGUCUUGUAAGGAGUUUGAAGACUUCUUUGAGAACAUGCACAAGGAGAGGAUACUUCGAGCAAAGAUUCGGGAGCUGCAGCGGUAUCGUCGAAAUGGAAUCACCAAAAUGGAAGAGUCGGCAGAAUACGAGGCAGCCAGGCAUAAACGGGAAAAGAGGAAGGAGAACAAAAAUAUAGCUAGUUCCAAGAGAGGGAAAGAAGACGGUAAAGAGGGUGAAUUUGCUGCCAUUGAAAACCUGCCUGGCUUUGAACUCUUAUCGGACCGGGAAAAGGUGCUCUGCAGCUCUCUAAAUUUGAGUCCUGCACGUUAUGUGACUGUAAAAACUAUAAUCAUUAAAGACCAUCUCCAAAAAAGACAAGGAAUUCCUUCAAAGAGUCGCCUUCCCAGUUACUUGGAUAAGGUACUGAAGAAAAGGAUUUUAAACUUUCUCACAGAAAGUGGUUGGAUAUCCAGGGAUGCUUCAUGA